CUACAACACCAACUAUAACAACGACGACGACAACAGCACCAAGUACACCACCAUCAACAACCACAACAACAGCACCAAGUACACCACCGGCAACAACCACAACAAGGGCAGACCCCUUAUUAACGCCUACGAAAACUACAUCAACUGAAGGCGUUGGGCAGGACAAUACCAGUCUUGACGUGGAGCUUGUGGUUGCCAUGGACCUCAAUGACGUCAACGAGCUGUCUGUGGAACUAGCGGUGGAGCAAACACUGAAGGAGAGACUCCAGGAUUUGGCGAUGAAUGUUCAAGUGGGCACCAGUGGAAUCAGAAUAAUUAUUUCAGUGUCCAUAAGCUUGGGCGAGGAAAUCUCAGUGGAGCUCCGACAGACUGUCCAAAGAAGAACUCAGAUACCAGCCCUCGAAGUGGACGGGAAGCAGCAUUACGUAGAAGCUUCUCAAGUUCUUCCAGAAGGUCAUGGCUCAGAAGGACAAGGCUCACUAGGUCAAGUUGUAGGAGGUCACGGUGUAGGAGGUCACGGUGUAGGCGGCCACGGCUCAGUGGUUCCAGAAGUUCCAGAAGACUAUCAACUAAAUGUACAGUUAGCUGUAGUUAUGGAUGACAGCGAAAUGAACGAAGUGUCUCUGAAAAUAGCAGUGAAGCAAAAAAUGCUGGGUGCACUCCAAGACGUGGAGACAUUAGUUACAGUAAACGUCACAGACAUCAGACGCGGAAGUGAUUCCACGAUAAAUGUAACUGUCAACAUAAUCCUGAGUGAGCCCGUCACACAAGGGAUUGAAUCACAAGUGACAGACAAAAGCGACAUUGACAGCCUUGUCGUAGACGGAGUGGAGUACACUGUCGACGACAUUUGGAUUCUCAAAACCAAAACCCCCAGAUCGCAGGACUCGGGCUCGCCUGUAGUCGCCAUUGCCUGGGGUGUAGCGGGGAUUCUCUCCCUUGUCAUAGUCUGCAUUGUUGCUUACUUUCUAGUCUUCCGAAAACGGAGAGGACCUUUACCCAAUGGGAACGCAACCGUGUCGUAUACAUCUUGGGCGCAACUCGGAUUUUCGCAUCUUCAUGUUGAAACUCCAGGUAAAGAAGACAAGCCAGGUAAAGAAGAGCCACCUAUUGCUGAUGACAAUUGUGUACAGUCAGUGGUAAACCAAGCGCCACAUUAAUCGCAGAAAGAACCACAUCCAACCUUUUGCGACGAGGUUUCUCUGAAGGUGCAGCCGGAUCACCAAAUCGCAUUUCAAGAUUCGAGGAUGUCUCCGAAAUAGAAAUAUUGAUUCUGGUACCAGCAUUAUUAGCUUUCUCUCUCUGCGAAUGGGAAGAUUCUCAACGGGAUAUUUGUCACGUGCUUUUCAGAGUAGAUCUACAUCAUCAGAAGUUCUGGCGUAUACUUAUGCCACCAGGCUUCGGUUUGUAGCUCUGUGGUGUGUUGUUAGUUCAAUGUAUAAUCGGCCUGGGAAAAAUAUCCCCUUCCUACCCACCAAAAAAACAACUAUACUCAAAAACAUAUUAUUGUGAUGACUGGGUACCGCAGGUCAAAAAAAUAUUUUCUUCAAUAUUCAUUACAACUUGCCAAGUCACUGGUUUCAAUUUGUUAAUGCGACAAGGUUUACUGAUGUUUGAACAAGUACCGGUACCGUAACCAAAUAGGUAUGGCGAAAUCUGUAGUCAUAAUUAACAAAUACGUAGGCUUUCAGCCCGUUUUCGACCCUGAACUGAAAAGCAAACACAUAAUAAGUGUAUUAUGUUACAUAUAAGACCCUGAUAUGUUGGAAAAGAACAAAUUACAAAUUGUAUGUAUAAAAAUCGCAAAAUAGCACUUUCUGAGUCCAAAUACAGGCACCAGCUCAUGGUGCCUUAGUCACCCCGACAGUGUCAAUGGAUACUAGGUGGGGUGACUAAAGCAUCUCCUGUCAAAACCUUAUCUUACAUAAUAUUUUCUUUCAAUUACAUGAAUUCAUCUGACUAUCCAAGAAACUAAUGCUCACUUUGAAACAUUUUAAGUACCAUAGAUUAGGAGGUACUCACCAAAGUUUGAUGGAAUCUUGCAGAGGUCCACUUCAAAUGUAUGCCGUAGCCAUCUUAAAACCAAACCUCAGAUUCGCCGAAAAUGUUCUGGCUGAGCAAUGUUUAUUUAAAAACACACCUAAUUGAUUAUUCUUUUCGGUACUGCACUGCUUGAUCACUUAAAAUCACUUUUGCUUUCUAAGAAUGUAGAUCUAAUACUAAAAUCAUUAUAACAUGUUUGCCUGUUCACAUGCCCUAGACACCCCACAGUGCCUCAGGAUUACAAAGGUCUAUCUGCUCAGUACUUAGUUUUUGAGAAAUCUGACGUCAAAGAUAUUGCGUUUCAAAUCGUAUCACGCUUCACUCUUCGAAUGCAAUUCUUUGAAUAGUAUCAUGAUAGCAGCUUCGAAAAAUGUUACGAUUUUAAUGGAGCAGACAGAAAAUUACUUUGGUUUUUGUUCUCGUGGUCUUAUUAACUCAAAACGACAAAAAGUGUCAGAUAGAACUCUAUACAUGUAGUUCUAAGGUAGCGAUUCCUUGUCAGAGAACAUUUUUACAUAGGUCUUCUAUAUAAACCGUGAAGACAUUUUUUUAUAAAACUUCAUUUUUUAUCCCCAAAAAAUAAAAUAUUUGUUAACAUUUGUAUAUAUAUUUUUGUGUGUGUAAAGAGUUGGUAGAAUUUCAUAUACCUUAAUUAAAAUGCAAAAUAUUUGUAUGGUAAAUAUUUUUUUUAGUAGAUCAGCUUUAUAAAGAUUGAACAGAUAGGCCUAUCCAUAUUCUACUUUGCGAAAAAAA